UGUGAGCUUGACGCUGGUCGCCAUCGUCAUCAUCUGUACGCACGGCCACAGGAGCUUGUGAAUACUAUUCUCUCAAUGCGAAAAAAAAGAAACACUGACAGAGAGUAGAAAAAUACCGGCGAUUGUUGCUACUAAAACCUGUGUGGAAACUCCGAUGGAUUAAUGUGAAUUUCCUGCGACAGUAGAGAAUGGGCUGUGUCCAAUGUAAGGAUAAGGAAACAGCAAAGCUCACUGAUGACCGGGAGACCAGCCUGUCACACAGCUCGGGGUACCGCUAUGGGUCCGACCCCACACCGCAGCACUACCCCAGCUUCGGAGUCCCUACCAUCCCAAACUACAACAACUUCCACACCACCGCCCCCACACAAGGGGUGACCGUCUUCGGGGGAGUCCACACGUCCUCGCAGUCUGGGACGCUUCGGUCUCGAGGAGGAACAGGGGUGACUCUGUUUGUGGCUCUUUAUGACUACGAGGCCAGGACAGAGGAUGACCUCAGCUUCAGAAAGGGGGAGAGGUUCCAGAUCCUCAACAGCACUGAGGGAGACUGGUGGGAGGCUCGCUCUCUCACUACAGGUGGAACUGGUUACAUUCCCAGCAAUUAUGUUGCUCCAGUGGACUCGAUCCAAGCUGAAGACUGGUAUUUUGGUAAAUUAGGCCGAAAGGAUGCAGAGAGACAACUUCUGUCCAGCGGCAGCACCAGAGGCACUUUCCUCAUUCGUGAGAGUGAGACAACCAAAGGGGCCUACUCCCUCUCCAUCCAGGACUGGGACGACAUCAAGGGAGACCACGUCAAGCACUACAAGAUUCGCAAGCUGGACAGCGGAGGCUAUUACAUCACCACCAGGGCCCAGUUUGAGACUCUGCAGCAGCUCGUACAGCACUACUCCGCCAGGGCUGCAGGACUGUGCUGCCGCCUGGUCGUGCCGUGCCACAAAGGCAUGCCUCGUCUGGCUGACCUGUCCGUCAAAACCAAAGAUGUGUGGGAGAUCCCGCGGGAGUCGCUGCAACUCAUCAAACGUCUUGGCAACGGCCAGUUUGGAGAGGUCUGGAUGGGAACGUGGAACGGCACCACCAAGGUGGCAGUGAAGACUUUGAAGCCUGGCACCAUGUCGCCAGAGUCCUUCCUGGAGGAGGCUCAGAUCAUGAAGAAGCUGCGACAUGACAAGCUGGUGCAGCUGUAUGCUGUCGUAUCCGAAGAGCCCAUCUAUAUCGUCACAGAGUACAUGAGCAAAGGGAGUUUGCUCGACUUCCUGAAGGACGGAGAAGGACGAGGCCUCAAACUGCCAAAUCUGGUGGAUAUGGCAGCUCAGGUGGCAGCAGGCAUGGCGUACAUUGAAAGGAUGAACUACAUCCACAGAGACUUGCGUUCUGCCAACAUCUUGGUCGGAGACAGUCUGGUGUGUAAGAUCGCCGACUUUGGCCUGGCCAGGCUCAUCGAGGACAACGAAUACACAGCGAGACAAGGUGCAAAGUUCCCAAUAAAGUGGACCGCUCCCGAGGCUGCACUCUACGGCAAAUUCACCAUCAAGUCAGAUGUGUGGUCGUUCGGCAUCCUGCUGACAGAGCUGGUGACCAAGGGCAGAGUGCCCUACCCAGGUAUGAACAACCGGGAGGUUUUGGAGCAGGUGGAGCGUGGCUACCGGAUGCCGUGCCCUCAGGACUGCCCCACGUCCCUGCACGAGCUGAUGGUGCAGUGCUGGAAGAAAGACCCGGAGGAGAGGCCCACCUUCGAGUAUCUGCAGGCCUUUUUGGAGGACUACUUCACUGCCACUGAGCCACAGUAUCAGCCGGGAGAUAACCUCUGAGCGCUUGCUGCCCUCGCCGCCCAUCACAUCACCGGCUGUCCACCAGAGGGAGCCAGACACCACCAGUCCUUAUUCCCUGACAUCUGGCUUUGAGCUCCUCCAAAGGCGAGCCAAGGCUACGCCCGCAAACUGACUAUCAAAUCAAACGAUGUUUUGGUGAAUGACUGCCAUGGGGAUGAAAGAAGAGUUGUGAAAGUUGUAUGUAGUGUAAAUAUAAAUUGCUUGUUUACUUAUCUUUUUUGUUUGUUUGCUUUUGUUUAUUUGUUUCAUUUGAUAUUACUUUUGAUAUUUGGGAAAUGUGUAGAUUUUUUUUUUAAAGAUCAUAGUCAAAGGUAUGGCUUGUAGAAACAUGUCAGACUCACAGUUGGUAACAAAUCGUGACAUAAUAAUUGUAAGAACUAGUGUUACUUAGACAUCAUGGGCUAAAAUAUCUCAGAUAUGUUUCUGGGAGUCCACGCAACCUUUUUUGUUUUGUUUUUUUGUUUUGUUUUUUAAUCCAGGUUAACUAUACUGCUAUCCUCUUCUCAAGGAACUUAGAUGUGCUAUAACACAUGUUCUUGCCUUUUCAUGGUUAGUAAUAUUCUUAAAAUUAAGGGAAUGCCUUCAUGCUUUCUACACUAACUAAAUGCCUAUUGCAACAUGGACACUUCCACCCAACCUGUAUCGUCUGCACUGGUAUUAAGUGCAUCCAUCGCAUUUAUUCCUUACCGAAUCUUCUCCAACAGCAAUGUUCAACUAGUUGCUUAUUAUCCUGACACUAUUUUAAAACGUAACUUACAUCAUUGUAUGGCAGUGCACAGUGUAAGAAUUCUGCUUUGAACCUUCAGAUUGUUAACCAAACUGCCGUUUACGCGACAGACACGAAGGAUGUGUACGUGUGUGUGUGUGUGUGUGUGUGUGUGUGUUCAUCCCUCCAUAAUGUGUCUCUGGAAAUAACACGGCCUAGGAGACCAAGCAAUUUUUUGUUAAAUUUCAUUGGUUUUUUUUGUUUUUUUUUUGGGCCAGUCUUGUAUGUCAUCAUAGUUAUGUUUGCCUUCGACUCUGGAAAACAUUUUAUCACAGUGUCAAGCUUGAGCUUCUCUCUCUAGAUGACGAGUUUCAUUCCAGGACAACACAUCAUGUCUGUUUUUGUGUUGCUUUUCAGGGGAAGAAAAAGUGAACAAAACCUGAGAUUUUGUAUCACUUUGUCAUUUCAGUAGAUAGUAUAACGAAGGAAUGUUUUUGGUCUGCAUUAUUUAUUGUCUGUUACUUGUACACAGUUGGUUUUGAAAUAAACAACUUUACCAUCCUUA